AUGUCCAACAGCCAGGAAUUCGCCAUAAGCGACCUCCAGUGCAAAGAUUACAGGUGUCCCGAGGAGCAAGACUGGAAGGCACUCUAUCAGAUGACAAGCAACUGGUAUCGGGGAAGAGCCAAAGGAUAUUGCCCAUUGAUGCUGCCUUCCCUCACAACUCUAGCCUCGGCGACAAGGGCACUGUCGGAUCGGUCUGGAUUGGGGCUGGGACUAGACUCGGGAUCGAACCCUGGAACAGGGACCGCUUCUGAAACUAGAUCUAGAACAACGACUGGAGCAGGAAGGGCAGACGCCACCCUGCCGUCACCCUGCACGCCAGCACAGGUUGCCAUCCAGAGACUGCUGAAGAAGCGAAAACCGGUGGCAGUGAUUGGGCUUCAGCAUGAGGGGUCAUCUUUGACUGCUGUGAGCUUGGCCAAGGUACCUGUCGAUCCUGGUGCAGAGAGGCAGGCGACGGAGUUAUCCCGGAUCCUGCUGCUGCGCUCAAAUCCUCAUUAUCGCGAAAAGAAGAGUUCCUUGUCGUCCUCCUCCGACCAGCUAGGUUCUUCGAACGGGACCAGCAUCGCUUCAACAUCAGACACAAAGCCACCAAACCCCAACAUCAUGAUGCAGGAUCCAAGGAGACACGAAAAUGUCUCCUUUGCCAUCCGCACGGCCACACCUCCUUCAGCAACUACAACCGAUGACAAUGGCGUGUACGAGUCAGAUGCCACCACCGAACUGGAGAUGGGCCAGCAACAUUCUUCGACAUCAUCCACAUCACUACCACAGGCAUCGGGACAACCAGCAUUGAGCGACCUCGCCAACGAUAUCCUCUGUCAUUACUCCUCGCCACUGCACUCGUUCCUGGUGACUGGUCAUAUGGACGGCAUUGUUCGGCUUUGGGAUCUCUCUAUUCAAGAACCAGGCCGACAGUGCAUUCGCUAUUGGCAGACAGGACCCCGCCGUCGUGUGCUUUGUGUUGGGAUGAACUCUAAAGUCGUUGUCUGUGGCAAUGUGGACUCGACCAUCUGUGUUUGGGACAUUCACCCUUCGCCAGGGUCCUCUUCUUCGACUCACGGCACUAUUCACACUGCUUCCUACAUGACAUCAAGAGCACCUCAUGGCUUAGAUGACUGGAUCUCUGGGAUUGAACACAUCUGCGUAGGCGACUCGCUUGUUGCAUGCUCGACCGAAUUUUCAGGAUCGGUGCUGGUCUUUUCGUUGGGAACAGGAAGCCUUGUCUAUGAGAUCCCGGGACUAUACCAACCCUCCAAGAUGUGCAUGACGGAUUUCUUCUUACUGACGGGUGGUCGCGGAACCUGGAACCAAGGCGGGACUCACAGGCGGCUCAACCAGCUUGGACAGGGUAAUAAUCUUCAUCAAGAACAACCUCAGCAACAUCAUCACGCACAAGGAGGGUUCGGUUUUCAAGAACACCAUGCGUACGGUGUACAUGUAGGAGGACAACACUAUGGACAAGACGCAGACGUUCUACGCCAUCCUCAACAACAGGGCUUAGGAUCGAUGGAGACGGACGAGUACAUGAGCUGCUGUGUCAAUGUCUGGGAUUUGCGUACAGGCCAUCGACUGUAUUCUCUCAUACCGCGGUUACCCAUGCGACACCUUCAACAGUCCAAGGACAUUUUCUCGAUCCUCAACAACCCACAAUCGCGAGCUCAGAGGGAGCAGGACCAGCAGCAAGGCAAGAAACAGGCCAUUCGAACCACCAGUUAUUCUCCAAUGAUCAGCAUGACGCAGCAUUCCGGUCGAUGGACAAUGCCGCCCUCACGUACUACAACGUCGACUAAUCACCACCUGCUGGACGCGUCUGACGACUUUACAAGUGGAGGCGGUGGCCGAUCAUCAAGUAGCAGCAGCGCUGGAAGAGACACCUAUACAUCAGUGUCUCCUCUUUCGCCUCAACGGCCCAUCUCUGCACCAUUAACGUUACUGGACAUCGCUGUGACGCCGGACCAUUCGACUUUGGUGGUAACGCUGUGUGAGCGAUCUGGCGAGGGAUUGGAGGGGGUUUACUGCUGGGACUUUGGCGGAUCGCGACUGGAAGGGUACCAUGAAGAGGCGCCAGAUGUGUCGACGAUGAUCAUGGACCAGAACGACCUCGAGUAUCGGACAGUCGCCAAUACUGUCUUGGCGGACGAUCAUGAUGAGGACGACGACGGUUUCCUUGACGACGACACUGACCAUAUCUAUAGCGACAGCAACGACGAUGAGGACGUUCAUGGCGGUGAUCGGGCAGCAGAUGACGACGACGAUAACGACCGAUAUUCAAACGAUAGGAUCCACAAUAAUAUGGUGAUGCAGCAGGUGGACCCGACAGUGUUGAGGGAUCUGCAUCAGGCGAGGGUGACGGGCAAGCUGUGGAUUGGGUGGAAGUUGGAUGAGAGGCAGUUCUUGAGGCGCAAGGAGGGUGCUAUGGCCCGUGCGAAGGCUGCAGCUGUUGCUGCUUCGCGGAAAGAAGCCAACCGGCGCUCUUAUCCACAGAAACAACAUCAGGGUCACCCAACAACUCAACAACACCAACCACAGCAGCCAUCCUCGAGCGAUCCUACUUUACUUUCAUCUAUGCAGCAGCUCUCGGUGAAACAGCAAGCACAAGAAUAA